AUGAUCCCCCUCUCCUCCGCGCGCCGGCGGCCGGCCAGCGGCGCGUCGUACCGCGCCGCAGCAGCGCCGCGGCCGCCCGUGCCGCCGCGCGCCGGCCCGGCGCCGCGGCCGAAGCGGCCGAAGGCGAGCAAGGAGGACCCGCUCGCGGCCGCCCUCGCGCCGCGCAAGGAAGCCAAGCGGCCGAAGAGGGCGUCGCUGCGCGAGCGGCCCGUGACGGAGCUCGGGGACGACGACGACGACGACGCCGCCGGGCCGCCGCGCCGCGCGACGCCGCGCGGCGUCGCGCUGCCGGGCGAGUCGGCCGUCUUCUGCCGCGAGCGGCCGCGUAUUACAAAAGAGGCCUACGCCUACGUCGCGCGGCAGCGCGCGCCUCCACAAAAGCCUCCGCAGCGGCGGCGCGGGCCACCCAUGCGCCGCGCGCCGGUCGCCAAAGCGCCGGCCGCGGCGCCGGCCGCGGCGCCGUGGCUGCGGCCCCUGGGCGACGACGAGCGGAAGCGCCUCAAGGCAUCGAAAGGUGCCCACGCCCGGCAAGCGCAGGCCGAGCGCGCGGACCGGGGCCUGGGCGCGCUCGCGAAGCUCGAGAAGCGCGAGGCGGCCGCCGACGACGCCGCCGCGAAGGCCGCGCUGUCGAUGCGCGUGCGCUGCUUCAAAUGCGUCGACUGCGCGCGGCUCUUCGAAUCAAAGCCUGAGGCGUGCGUCCGGCGAGAUCAUCAUAUAGAGAUGGCCUUCGCCGUGCGGCGUUGCUUCGCGUGCGGGAAAUGCGGCCGUUCAAUAUUUUCUUUGGAACGGCGGCCGCGCGGCGCGUGUGCGUGCGGCGCGGACGCGUGGCGCAACCGCGAGAACGAUAGUGAUGUGCGAGCCGUCGCGGCGCCCGACACCUUCCGGCCGGCCCUCGCCGAGUGGACGUCCACCAGCGACGUCUCGGCGUUAGUAAACAACAUCUAGGUU